UGCGUCCUAUGUUUGCAAACGCAAGGGUUGGCUUCUAUUUCGACGGAAGUGUCUCAGAGGUUGUAGUUGCGGUUCUUCCGUUUCCGGGUCCCGGUUAGCAGCGAGUGAGGUCGGGAAGCAGCGGCGGCCUCCUCCUGUGGGCGGCGGGUGCCAUGGCAGAGCUGGUGCAAGGACAGAGCGCGGCUCCUGUAGGGAUAAAGGCCGAGGGAUUCGCCGACGCGCUGCACCGGGUCCGACAGAUAGCUGCUAAAAUUGACGGAAUCCCCCACUUGAAUAAUUCCGGACCUUUAGUGGACGCAUCUUUGUAUGGUUAUGGAGUCCAAAAGAGACCCAUGGAUGAUCCUGUUGGUAACCAGUUAGGGGCCCUCGUACAUCAAAGGGCUGUGAUGACCGAGGAAUAUAAUGUGCCUGACAAGAUGGUGGGAUUCAUUAUUGGACGAGGUGGGGAGCAGAUCUCACGGAUCCAAGCAGAAUCUGGUUGCAAGAUACAGAUAGCUCCAGACAGCGGAGGUAUGCCAGAGAGACCUUGUGUCCUGACCGGAACACCGGAAAGUAUAGAACAGGCAAAACGACUCCUGGGCCAGAUUGUGGAUCGUUGUCGGAAUGGACCAGGGUUCCACAAUGACAUGGACGGCAGCACCACAGUCCAGGAGAUCCUCAUCCCGGCUUCAAAAGUGGGCCUAGUCAUCGGCAAAGGCGGGGAAACCAUCAAACAGCUGCAGGAGAGGACUGGUGUUAAAAUGAUCAUGAUCCAAGAUGGUCCUUUACCAACUGGUGCAGACAAGCCUCUGAGGAUAACUGGUGACCCUUUCAAAGUGCAGCAAGCAAGAGAUCUGGUCCUGGAGAUCAUCCGAGAAAAAGACCAGGCUGACUUCAGGGGCAUCCGAAGUGAUUUCAGCUCAAGGAUUGGUGGGGGUAGCGUAGAGGUGUCUGUACCUAGGUUUGCUGUGGGAAUCAUAAUAGGAAGAAAUGGUGAAAUGAUAAAAAAGAUCCAGAAUGAUGCUGGAGUGAGGAUUCAGUUUAAGCCAGAUGAUGGGCUCAGCCCUGAGCGAGUGGCACAGGUAAUGGGCCUCCCUGACCGGUGUCAGCAUGCUGCUCAUAUCAUCAAUGAACUUAUUCUUACAGCACAGGAACGUGAUGGCUUUGGAGGUCUCUCCUUGGCACGGGGAAGGGGACGGAGCCGUGGUGAUUGGAACCUCAGUACCCCAGGAAGCAUGCAAGAGAUCAACUACACUGUGCCGGCCGACAAAUGUGGUCUCGUGAUUGGCAAAGGUGGUGAAAAUAUCAAAAAUAUAAACCAGCAGUCAGGGGCUCAUGUGGAGCUACAGAGAAACCCCCCUCCCAACACAGACCCAGCUGUCAGGAUAUUUACCAUCCGGGGUGUCCCCCAGCAGAUUGAGCUGGCCAGGCAUCUCAUCGAUGAGAAAGUUGGGGGUACUACAAUAGGUGGCCCCAGCAGCUUUGGUCAGAGUGCUUUCAGCCAGGCACAUGCUACACCUCAUCAAAAUGGUCCUCAAGCUUUUGUAACACAGGGUUGGGGUAGCACUUACCAGGCAUGGCAGCAAACUGCACAGCAGAUCCAAGGUCCGCAAAGCCAGCAGCAAAAUGCACAGCCCGAUUACAGCAAGGCCUGGGAAGAGUAUUACAAGAAGCAGAGAGCAGUAGAACAAUUGUCCGGUUGAUUGCAAGAUUUGGUUUUUGGUUGUCUUUUCUUUUCUUCGUUUCCCUCGGAAUCCCUGCAGAAGAAGAACUUUAAUUUGUAACAGGUUUCUAGAUGUUUUGAUGAAGACAUGUUAUGUUUAUAAAACACUAGUCCUAGGGUUAAUUCUUUACUGAACUUUUGCAAAAUUUUAUUUUGGGAUUGGUUUUUUUUUUUUUGUUUUGUAUUUGUUUCCUACCCUUGAAAAAAAAAAAAAGUGUUAACAUGAAUUCUUUUUUGAAACGGAACUGAUUAAUUUUAAAAGGAUAAAAAAUAGAAAAAAAAAAUAUUCACUUUGUAACCCCCUGCUUCCCCCACAGUGCUGAUAUUGCAACAUAUUUGUCUCAAGUUUUUGUUUUUUUUGUGUAGCAUUUUGUCUUCUUGGACAAUACAGUUUUUGAGGUCUUAUCACAAUGAUAAAAUUAAUUUAAAGAACACAGCUCCUAAAAAUUUUUUUUUUUUAAUUGUGUAUUUAAAUAUUCUUAACUGUAAAUUCAUGAAGUGUUUUACGUCUAAUUUUUUCUGCUAUUAUAACUAUUUGAUUUUAUUGCGUUAUUUUUUUUCUGAAGAAAAAUCCGUGUUAACAAUCCGUGUUACCUGUUUCAUACGAAUAUUUGAAACUAUUUCUUGAGACAAGUAUUGUGUCGGGAGCAUGGGGGGAUAAAAAAAUGGGACAGGGAGCAGGGUGAUAUUUUGUAGGCUUUGUAUAAUACCUAGGGUUUUGAAGGGUUAAUAUAAAAAAACUUUGAUUGUUAACCCUUUACCUGCCUGAGAGGAGGGUAACACAUUGCUGAGCAGAGUGCAUCAGAUCUCUCUCUCUCUCUCUGGCAGGACAUUGGGUUCAUUUUAUAAAGCAAUGUUUAUCAGUUAUUCUGUUGCCUCUGUAUAUCAGACAUCCAAGCUAUAAUAACAGGGGAAAAAAAUACUUACUUUUUUUCUGUGCUGUUAGAAAUAUAAAUACUAUUAUUUUUAAUAUGAAUAAAUCAGCUGUUUAGAAUCUUUAAUGCAAACACUGUGGAACAUUUAACAGUAUGAAGUUUAAAAAAAGAAAUCGUAAUAACUAUUUUUUAACUCCAGGGUUUUGUUUUUGGUUUGGAAUUUUUUUUUUUUUUCUCCUUUUGGUUUUUCUUCGUUUUAAAUAUUUUCUUAUCUAAUUGUCAGAUUUACCAUAGAUGAUAAAUAAAAACUAUUAUUAACCACAGUAUGUGCUAAAAAAACAUUUUUUUGAUUUUUAAUAAAAGGGAAAUGAUUUUGAACGUUUGUGGGGGGUUUUUCUUGUACAGAUGACUUUCUUUUUUAAUUAAAAACGGAAUCCGAGCUAAUUUUUUUUUGAGUGUUUUUAAAUUUAAUCCAUGGGAACAUUCCCGUUUUUGUUUUGUUUGUUUGGUUUUUUUUUCUUCUCCAUAUUGUUUUUGUGGGGUGGGGUUGGAAAAAAUCAUUGACUUUUUAUUUUCUUCUAUGCCUAAAAAAAAUGUUUAGCUAUUAAAAAUAAAAUCACGAUUGGAUUAUAUUGAGUAUGUUACAGAGAGAUGUUAUUCAUCUGACAAUUGCAUUUUACACUCUAUAUAAUAAAAAUGUCACAAGAUUUCUUGUGGAUCAAAAUCC